UAUUCAAACCUGCUCCAAGAGACCUUCGAGUUUGGACUGGACCUCACCACUGUCCGGAUGAGUUGGGCUUCAGGCCUUGAGGCCAUCUCUAGCUGGCUCACGCCAUCCGGCUGCUCCUGGAAUACACAGAAACAAGCUAAGCAGAGAAGAGAUACGCCAUGGGCGACUCUGCCCUACUUAAUCGAUGGGUCACACAAGAUCACCCAGAGCAAUGCCAUCCUGCGCUACCUUGGCCGGAAGCACAACCUGUGUGGGGAGACAGAGGAGGAGAGGAUUCGUGUGGACACUUUGGAGAACCAGGUCAUGGACACCCGCAUACAUCUCAUGAUAGUUUGCCGCAGUCCUGACUUUGUGAGUGGCCAGUGGGUGGAGCAGACAGGGGUUUGCAGGAAGAGUUUAAAGCUUAUGUUAAUAGUCACGCUUGCUCUAUUUAGUAUUUGAACUUACCCAUUCUGAUUCUCCAAGCUUUCCAUUUCAGCCAGCACACUCACCCAAUUCUUAUUAAUAAACAUCAUUUUACAUGAUGAACACAAAUCCUAACCACCAAAUCUUAUUAAUAAACACUUUAUAUCAAUGCCUAGAAAUCUUUGGUAUUGUUGUGACAGCCAUGACUGGGCAUUUGGUUCCAAUAUAAUAAGCUAAUACACUCAGAACUCUCUCCAGUUUUGGAAUGGACCAUCUUACCUAGUUGGUGCCUGUUCCUUGAGUACCCAGAUUCAAACCAGAAGAAAAUAAAAUAAGCCUAAUGUAUUGUGAAAUCCAGCCAACAGCUUUCUCAGAGCAGAGUCCCUGGUAGAAGAAAGUAUCAGGGUCUCUUCCUGAUUGGCAGCUCACGGUCAGCCUGAGAACCUUUGUCCACUCAGACAUCAAACAUGGUACAACUUUGCUCAUGCUGCUCAAAUAUUUGAUUGACCCUGCUCUGUGUCAUUCCUCAGAAUAACUCUGUCUCUUGUUAACUCCUUUGCUUCUCCAGUUCCACUGGACUUUCAGGUGAAGAACUUAGGAGUGACCCAAAAGUAGUCCUGGUUUGGAUGUCAGUGGUGACAGAUUCAGGGACAAGCAUUCUCAUCCAACCCCCCAUCACCUCUGAGUCCACUCUGCUACAGAGCCGGACUGUGGUUAAUACAACAGGAACGCAUUACAUAGAAACCUGUGUACUGUCGCAGGCCCAGUAUAGAAAGGAGGCUACUCUUCUGCACAACCCUAUGACCCCAGCCUUUCUCUAGAACACCUGUGUCUGUGGGUUGUGGCAAGUGUUUUCU